AAAUAUUGAUUUUGGUUUUUAAAGUAUAACAAAAAAUAUCUGAAUUAUUUUUAUUUAAUUAAAAUGGUUUAAAUUAUUAAGCCACAUCAGCUUUCCAAUAAAAUUAGUACACAGUAAAAUUAUUUCUUUUAGCAGUUUACAUGAAUAAAUAUUUAGUUAAUUGUAAACAAACUAAUUUUGCUCAGACGGUUGUGCGUAUUGCUUGCUAAAUAUGUUUUCUAACUCAGGCAAUAUAAUAUUACGCGAUAAACCUUCUAGAAGUGAUAAUUCUGAAGAUGAGUUGCAUGAUUUGUUCAACAAAAAGUAUCAAUUCCGAUUCAGCGACGAGUGGAGGCUACCGGAUCGCGAUUCCUGGUUUAGUGCGCCACCAUGGACUAUCAAGAUCUUAGAUACAAUGAAAAGUCGUCUAAACUUUCACAAAAGCCAACUGAAUGACUUUAGUAUCGAGGAGUGGAGUAGUCACACACGGCGCCGCAACCCUGCCGGUGAAGUGAGCUGGAAGAUCAGGUGUCUCAUUAAUCCAGAAUUUCUAACGCAAGCGUGGACGAAAUUCUAUGAAUGUCUUUCGACUUAUAAGAUGAUUCCAGAAGAGGCAUGCAUUACACAAAAAAUGGUUUCACUACACUUAUGUGAAGCACCUGGUGCUUUUAUAACAUCACUUAACCACUAUAUGCAACUGCAUCACAGAAAUAUAGAGUGGAAAUGGUUGGCAAACACUCUUAACCCAUACUAUGAAGAGAAUUCACCAUCAAACAUGAUUAGUGAUGAUAGAUUCAUGUUCCACACAUUAUCAAACUGGGACUUUGGUGUGGACAAUACUGGCAAUCUAAUGAACUGGGAUAAUUCACAAUCUAUUGUUAGUAAAGCUAAGAGUUUGGGGAAGGUGUUACUUGUGACAGCAGAUGGGUCCAUUGACUGUAUGCAGAAACCAGAUGCUCAGGAAGAAGUAACAUCACCUCUUCAUUAUUGUGAAAUUGUAACUGCCCUACAGGCACUUAGUAAGGGUGGCACUUUUAUCUUUAAACUCUUUACAACAUUUGAGCAUUCAACAGUUAGUUUAUUAUAUUUGCUCAAUCAUCUGUUCAAAGAAGUUAAUAUCUACAAACCAAUAACAUCCCGCCAAGGAAACUCUGAAGUGUACGCUAUUUGUCUUAAAUACAAAGAUAAUUUGCCUUUAGAUGACUAUCUACUAACCCUUCGGUCUACAUAUGGCACGGAGCUGUACAGCAAUAUGUCCCUAUUUCCUCUCGAACUGAUACCGGAAUCAUUCAUAAAGCAGGUGGAAGAAUGUGCUUAUUAUUUUAGUUCUCUUCAAUGCCAUGUAAUUAAUAAUAAUUUACAAGCAUACCUUAUGCAGAAUAAUAUAGCUUUACACAGAGAUAUAAAGAAAAUCAGGUCUAUGGUUGCGGCAGAAUUUAUUUGGAAGUAUGAUCUCAAGCCUAUUGAUACUGACCAAGAAAUAUUGAAAGGUGUAUUACAUGAAGUAAACAGUAUCAAUAAUAACCCACGAUACUGCAGGGGUUCCUAUACAGAACGGCAGCUGUACUGCAAGAUGUCGACGAAGGAAAAAUUAAGACACCUGAGCGCUUACUUACAGGACGAGCUGUUGUCGAACCCAAUGGUCUUGAUCAAUGAACCUGUCAGAUGGAUUAACAGGGUCAAAGAUGCCAAGUUAGAGUUGUCAUUUACAUAUGGCAGGCCAUUGAUGAAAAUCAACAGCUCGAAAUUUAUACUGGUCCCUAUAUUCAAAUUGUACCAGCAGAUACUGAGUGAUGAUGAUUUUAAAGAAAUCAUUAUGUAUAAAUAUGAAAGCGGAGAGGCUAUGAAUGUGUCAGAAUUAUGUGAUGACUCGGCAAAAGUUCUCUUACUACCAGAUUGUCAUGCCUAUGACUUGUACCAUGCUUAUGAAAAGAGUUGCUUCAAGUCUUUGUUAUGCUAUCUGAAAGGUAUGUCGAAAGGAGAAUCUCUAAUCUUAAAGAAUUAUAACACAUUGACACAUUUCAAUGUGAGCGUAUUGUAUAUAAUGUCAAAAGUGGGCUUCGAUAAGACUGGAUUUGCAUCAUCGGGGCAUAUUGUUCUUCGUAAUUUACAAGAUAUGACAUUGUUGGAGAUACUGAAUAAGAUUGAUAUAGAAUGUGAUAAUUUAAAGAUGGAACAGAAUAGAGAUGUGUUAAACUCGUUACCGGUACAGAUUACAAAUGUUGGUGACUUUUUCAAUAACAUUGUCUUCUAUAAUAACACAGAGUAUAGAAACAAAUGCACAGAGUACCUGAACACAAUAGAGCAGUCGUUAUAAAUUUUUAAAUGUCUUAAUAACUCUCUAAAUGAAACUAUCGCUAUAAUUUAUUUUUAUUUAUUUAUAAUGUAAUUAUAUAAGAUGCAUUUACAUUUUAUAGCAAUGUGGAGACUAUUUUUCUAAUAUUUCUCAGAACAAAUUAUUAUUGUAUGUUUCAGUGUUAUUAAACUGUCUUGAUGUUGUUC